UCCUUGUAUUUAUAUUAAGCCUGCUAUAAAAGGGUUACACUGACCGUUUAAAUUCAUAUCAGUCUAGAGCGUGAAAGGAAUCAACCAUGAUUGCUAAGGUACUUAUUGUUGCUUGCUUUGUGGUGGCUGCUCAAGCCGGAGGUCUUCUGGCAUCAGCUGCUUAUGGAGCCCCUUAUACAUAUGGGGCUUGGAACCCAUACAGUUCCUAUCCAGCGCAACCGGCAAUUGCUACUCAGCAUUCCAAUAUCCUGCGGUCCCCUUUCAAUUUGGGUCAGAUAUCGACAUACAGCAAAGCAAUUGACACACCAUUCUCGAGUGUACGUAAAGCUGACAUUCGCGUAAGCAACCCUGGUUUAGCGGUGGCACCAGCUUACCAUAGUUUUGCCAGUCCGGUCGUGUCACAUGUCGCUGCUCCUUUAGCAACCGCUAGAGUCGCUGGUGGCCUUUUAGGAGUGGCUUAUUCUGCUGCACCCGCAGUGUCCCACAUGACUUACACUAACGGCCUCGGUCUUGCCUACGCAUGGUAACCGCUUCCACUAGAUUUAAGAAUUGUUUUAUAAGUGUGCUCAAAGAUUCCUCAUUAUUUAUUGCCUAUUGUUGUUAGCGUUUCUGAAU